AUGAGUGCUAAUGGUAGUGAUGACCAUGUUGCAUAUGGUAGUGAUGACCAUGUUGCAUAUGGUAGUGAUGGCCAUGUUGCAAAUGGUAGUGAUGACCAUGUUGCAAAUGGUAGUGAUGACUAUGGUGUAUAUGAUAGUGAUGACCAUGGUGCAUAUGGUAGCAAUGAGUAUUAUGUAUAUGGUAGUGAUGAUUAUGGUGCAUAUGGUAGUUAUGAUGAUGACUAUUGUGCAUAUGCUAGUGAUGACUAUGCUGCAUAUAGUUGUGAUGAGUAUGGUGCAUAUGUUAGUGAUGAUUAUGGUGCAUAUGGUAUUGACGACUAUGGAGUUUACGGUAGUGAUAAGGUUGACCAGACCACUCAUUAG